AUGUUGAAUUGGGGGCAAUGCAAGGGGCCCAUCUGGCGAAGUGACGAUUUCACCGACUGCUUUCAGAAUGACUACCUCAUGGGAAUCAUCCCUCUCAUCGCGAGCGCAAUCUCCGUACUAUAUCUUACCUACCAACUAAUUCAAACCGCCAUCAACUCGAAAUAUCUCUAUGCCUACAAACUCGUUAAUCCCAAGCAUCCCCAUCCGUGGGACCUUCGCAUUCCCAGAGCUCAAGAUGACGCAGACACCGACGACGACUCGGAUGAGUUUGACAGAAACGAGCAUCUCGCUAUUCGCACCGUCCGUACUCGUAACACUGAGAUGUCUGUGGUCGACAAGCCACGAGGUCAGAUCGUCCUGCCUGUCAUCGAAGAGUUGGCUGUGUUGGCCGAGGUUGGCAUCCACGCUGCUGCAUGCGCCACUGGCAUCUGGGGAUGGAGCAGGGCUACAAUCAUCUGCAGUACCGCCCUCUGGUCAUACGUUGCAGUCCUGACUACUCUGCGUCUUUACUUCUCCAGCACAAACAACUACUCGUUCAACAAGCUCUGGUACCACACCGCUCUCCUCUAUGGCGCACAGUGGAUCUGCGCAUUCCUUCUCUUCCGCUCGGCAAUCAUCCACCCAGUCUCCACGGGCGUCCAAGCUCUUACAAGCACUCACUUUGCACUUACGACUCUGCUGGCUUUGAUCAUGCUCACCUCACGUAAGGGUAACAAGCCCGUGGAACUCGAGUACGAAGGCGAGAUUGAGCCCUCAAGAGAACCUCUCGCCAGUGUGCUCUCUCUCGCUACCUUCUCCUGGAUCGAUCCAAUCAUCUGGAAGGGCUACAAGAAGACUUUUGAGUUGUCGGAUGUUUGGAACCUCAAUUCCAAAGACAAGGCCGAAGCUGUUCUGUUAAAUUACCGACAGGUCAAGAAAACCUCAGCUCUCGCCUGGCACUUGUUGAAGUAUUUUAAGCGUGGCUUGCUCAUCCAAGCUGCAUGGGCUGCCCUCUCCGGAGUCAACCUCUUUGUUCCUACUCUUCUCCUCAAGGUUAUUCUGGAAUACGUUGAGAACCCAGCCGAUACCCCGGUCAACGCUGCGUGGUUCUAUGUUAUCUUGUUGUUCGUUUCUGGUUGCGUCUCUGCCCUGUCAGGUGGCCAAGCUCUCUGGGUUGGUAGAAAGACAUGCAUUCGUCUUCGUGCCAUCAUCAUUGGUGAGAUCUAUGCCAAGGCUUUACGUCGUAAGGCUGCUGCAGCCGGCGACAAAGUGCUUGGCGAGGAAGAGAAGAAAGACAAUGAGGCUCCUGCACCCAAAGAAUCCGUCAAGCAAGCCUUCCUCAAAAAGGUCAAGUCGUUUUACAAGGGCAAGAAGACCUCAGAGGCUACCAAGGAUGUUCCGAAGAAGGAAGAGAGUACCGAUCAGGUCACCUCCGGUACAAUCAUCAACUUGAUGGCCGUCGACUCCUUCAAGGUCAGCGAAAUCUGCGCUUAUCUGCAUUUCCUCUGGGCAGAAACACCUGUUCAGUUUGUUCUGGCUAUCUACCUUCUGUACAGCAUUUUGGGUUACAGCAGUAUCGCUGGUAUUAUCAUGAUGGCUCUUCUUCUACCUGUCAAUCUCUUUAUCGCCAAGCAGUUCACCAAGGCUCAGAAGAAGAUCCUUGCAGCUACCGAUGCUCGUAUCCACACCACCAAUGAAGUGCUUACCAACAUCCGAAUUAUCAAGUACUUUGCUUGGGAGCAGCGUUUCCUUGGUCAGGUUGAUGAGAAGAGAGCGGUCGAACUGAGGAACCUUCGUAACAGAUACAUUAUCUGGGCCGCCGCAGCUACCAUCUGGGGAGGAGCUCCCAUGGUCAUCACUUUCCUUACCUUCCUGGUCUACACCAUGGUCGAGAAGAAAGACCUCAUCCCUUCCGUCGCUUUCACCGCUCUUUCGCUCUUUAGUCUUUUGCGCAUUCCCNUGGAUCAGCUUGCCGAUAUGGUUGCCCACGUUCAGGAAUCCAAGGUGUCUGUUGACCGUAUUGAAGAAUACCUCAACGAGCCCGAGACCGACAAGUACAAUCAGCUUCAGGACAAGGAAUUUGAUGAGGAUGGAAACCAUGUCAUUGGAUUUGAGAAUGCAACUUUCAGCUGGGGUGGCGGCACCGAAGCCGAUGACUUCAAGAUGAUUGACCUCAAUAUGCGCUUCAGGAUCGGCGAGCUGAACGUCAUCGUUGGACCCACUGGUAGCGGUAAGACAUCUCUUCUUAUGGCACUGCUGGGAGAAAUGUCUAAACUCGAUGGUCAUGUGUACCUGCCUGGAGGACACAGCAGAGAAGAACUCAAGGCUGAUCCGGAGACUGGACUGGUUGAAAGUGUCGCGUACUGUGCUCAACAGGCCUGGCUUGUCAACGGAACCAUCAAGGAAAACAUCGUCUUUGCUAGCCCCUGGAACCCUAGACGUUACAAGGACGUCAUUAUUGCCUGUUCUCUCCAGCGCGAUCUUGAGAUUCUUGAUGGUGGUGACCAGACUCUUGUUGGUGAGAAGGGUGUCACUCUCUCUGGCGGACAGAAGCAGCGUAUCUCUCUUGCUCGUGCUCUGUACUGUAACGCCAGGCACGUUCUCCUCGAUGACGUUCUUUCUGCAGUCGAUGCCCAUACCUCCAAGUGGAUCUUUGAGAAGGCUCUUAUGGGCCCUCUCAUGCUCAACAGAACAUGUAUCUUGGUCACUCACAGCACUACUCUCUGUCUUCCCCAUGCUGCAUUCGCCGCCGUACUCGACAACGGCAGAGUCAGCACUCAAGGCAGUGCCAGGGAUGUCAUCAUGUCUGGAAAGCUCACCGAAGAUCUCAGCACGGCAUUGGAAGAGUCGGAAGGCGGUGCAUCGCACCUGCCAUCCCGUGUACCUUCUGGCAUUGGUGGCGACAAGGCUCUUGGCGAGAAUGGCCAUGCCGAUGAAGAGGCCGCCAACGCAGCCGAGUAUGAAGAUAACACUCUCCACAAGGUCGUUACUAAGGAUAUUCCCGGCAUGAACAAGGACAAUGUCACCUCUCCUGUCGAAACCAAGGCUACUGGAAGUGUCAACUUCAAGGUCAUCCUCAUGUACUUCUCUUACAUGGGUACUUGGUACUACUGGGUAGUCACCGCCAUGAUGUUUGCCCUCCAGCAAGUUUCGCAAGUUUCAACCAACGUUUGGAUUCGUCAAUGGGCCAACGCUUAUGCCGACAAGAGGNAAAUGUCUGUCAUGGGCGUCUACACUGAACCUCGCCAGCUUACCCACGUUUUCAGUGGUAUUGGCAGUGGAGCGUCUUGCGUAAAGAGUGGAUCUUGUCUUUGGGGUCUGCCCACCUUUGGCACUUCCAAUGUCUCCGACCAGUUUUCCAUUCGUUCAGAGAACUCCAACGGUGUCGACGUUUCUUACUACCUUGCUGUCUACGGUAUUCUUGGCCUUGUCUACAUGCUGAUCACUGUCACCCGUGAAGGUGUCCUUUUCUACGGAUCUCUGGUUGCUUCUAAGAGAAUUCACAGAAAGCUUAUGGAGUCUGUCACACACGCCAAGUUCCGCUUCUUCGAUUCCACUCCCCUCGGUCAGAUCAUGAACAGAUUCUCCAAAGAUGUUGAGGCUAUCGAUCAAGAGAUCGCUCCUGUUGCAGUUGGAGUAGUCCACUGUAUGGCCUCGAUCAUUACCACGGUCAUUCUCAUCUCGGUCAUCACACCCCGUUUCUUGAUUGCUGGUGUCUUCAUCAGUGUUCUCUACUUCAUGAUUGGUGCUUUCUACAUCAACGCUGCUCGCGACCUCAAGCGUCUCGAAUCUGUGCAGCGCAGUCCCCUGUACCAGCAAUUUGGCGAGACCCUGACUGGUAUGACAACCAUCAGAGCUUAUGGCGACGAACGCCGCUUCAUCCGUGAGAACAUGCACAAGGUUAACACCCACUCAAGGCCGUUCAUCUACGGUUGGGGCACUAACCGUUGGCUCGCAUUCCGUGUUGAUGUUACCGGUGCCUUGGUGUCGUUCUUCACUGGUGCUUUCGUCAUUUUGAGUGUCGGCAAGCUCGAUGCUGGCGCUGCUGGUCUUGCCAUGACAUAUGCUGUUACUUUCACUGAAAACGUAUUGUGGUUCGUCAGACUUUAUUCGAUGAAUGAGCAAAACAUGAACGCUGUCGAGCGUAUCAAGGAAUACUUCGAAGUCGAGCAAGAAGCGCCUUACCAGAUCGAAGACAAGAAGCCCUUGCCUGACUGGCCCAGCCAGGGUGCUGUCGAGUUCAAGGAUUACAGCACUAGAUACCGCAGCGACUUUGACAUGGUGCUCAAGGACCUCAGCUUCAAGAUUCUACCUGGCGAGAAGGUUGGUGUUGUGGGUAGAACAGGUGCAGGUAAGAGUUCGCUGGCUCUCGCUCUUUUCAGAGCUCUUGAAGCCGAGACUGGAAGCAUCAUCAUCGAUGAUAUUGAUGUCAGCUUGAUUGGUCUCCAGGAUUUGCGUGAGAACAUCGUUAUGGUCCCUCAAGAUCCUACGCUCUUCACCGGCACUAUCAGAAGUAAUCUUGAUCCUUUCGGCCUAUUCACUGACGAGGAGAUUUUCACCGCACUCCGACGAACACAACUCGUCGGUGCUGCCUCGGCCGAGCCGUCGCGUGCCCCGACACCGACAAACGGCAACGCCAGUGUCCGUUCCGAAGGUGUACCCGCCGAGACCACCACUGACUCUCCCGCCACAUUAGAGAACAAGAACAUCUUCACCAACCUUUAUUCGCCAGUCGCAGAGUCUGGUAGCAACCUUUCACAAGGCCAGCGCCAACUUUUGUGUUUGGCGCGUGCUCUGCUCAAGGAUCCAAAGGUCUUGCUCAUGGACGAGGCAACUGCAUCUAUUGACUACGCCACUGAUGCAAAGAUUCAAGAGACCAUUCGUGAGAUUAAGAACACGACCAUCACCAUUGCCCACCGUCUGCAGACCAUUGUUGAUUACGAUAAGGUCCUGGUGCUGGACAAGGGAGAGUUGAUCGAGUUCGGAUCACCUUGGGACCUUAUCAGAACGGAUAACGGUAUCUUCAAGGGCAUGUGUGAGAUGUCCGGCGACUUUGAUAUUCUGAUCAAGGAAGCCGAAACGGCGCAUAAGGGACGCCAACUGGUUGAUGUUGAUGCUUAA